AUGGCGGCAGGUUGGACAGUUUCUAUUGCGGUGCAGCCAUGUCUCUAUGCAGACUUUACAAAAUACAUGGCGACAUGGGCUCUCUACUGGACCCUCCAGCACACACUGACAGAUACAGCAAAUCAAGUCUGGGUCAGGUGGGCUCUCAAACUUCUCAACGUCAAACCUAGACACCAUCUACUGAAGAGUUCCACUUACAGAGUUAUCCCUCUUGGAAAAUAUUUGGAAACUUCCGGUGCACGUGUUGACUAUGAAACAGAAAAUAUGACACAACUUAAAGAGAAUUUUGCUGUGGAAACAAAGUAUGAACCCUUUUACACUGGAGGGAAAAUCUUUAUUUCCAAUGAUGGGACGUGCAUGUUUUGUGGAUGUGGAAACAAAAUCCACAUUAUUGAUGUAAAUUCAGGGCAAACCAAAUACACUUUAUCCCAGGAGGAAGAGGAAGAAAUAACCCAUUUCUGUCUGUCUCCAAACAAUGAGUUCUUAGUUGCUGCCACCAAACAUUUAGUUUUGAGGCAGUGGAACUGGAAGGAUCAAGUUCUAAUUAGGUCAUGGAAGGCUAUUCACAUAUCUCCUGUUUUGACUAUGGACUUUGAUGUUUCCUCUACAUUGUUGGCAUCAGGAAGUUCUGACACAACAAUUAAACUGUGGGAUAUUGAUAAACAGUAUUGUACACACAAUCUUAAAGGUCAUACUGGGGUUAUAAGCAUAGUAAAGUUCCACCCUGACAAUGAGAAGUUACAGCUUUUUUCUGCUGCGGAUGACUACAAGGUCAAGGUCUGGGACCUGAGGACCAGUAAAUGUCUGGUGACGGUGGAGGCGCACUACAGCGUGGUCACCAGCAUGGUCUUCUCACCUGACAAUACAACAAUGUAUAGUGGGGGGCGAGAUCGAAUAGUGUCUGUGUGGGAUGUAGGGGAGCUGAAGGUCACCAAGGCCAUCCCAGUGUUUGAGAGUGUGGAAGCAGUGAUCUUGUUGCCUCAAAAUCAGGAGUUUCCCGACCUUGGGGUCAUUGAGCAGGAAGGCCCACACAUCAUCACAGCUGGCAGUAAAGGAACUUUACGUGUGUGGAAUAUUGAAAAAGCAAAGUGCGUGUAUGUAAGGAAAGAGCUGAUUGGUCGAGCCAGUGACAAUGAGGAAGAGAAUCAAAACAUCACCCAGGCACUACACAGUGAGGCCCUGCAGAGUCUGGCUGUGGUUACCUUUGAUAACAACAUCACCGUGUGUAAAUUACAGGAUCUGUCUGUCAGUAAACAGUUUUGUGGCAACACAGACCAGGUGUUGGAGGUACAGUUUCUAGGACCCAAUGAUUCUCACUUGGCUGUGGCCACAAAUAGUGAGCACCUCAAAGUAUUUGAGGUCGCGACCUGGAACUGUCAGCUAUGCUCUGGUCAUACGGACAUCAUUCUUGGGGUUACGGUUCACAGGAAGAGAAAUCUGCUGGCCACUUGUUCAAAGGACAAUACAGUAAGAGUAUGGAAAUUUGACCCAGAUUCUGGGAAGGUCAGCUGUGUUGGAGUUGGGCAUGGUCACACACACAUAGUAGGCACUGUGGCUAUUUCCAGUGUAACAGCUAGUUGGAUGGUUAGUGGGGGUCAAGAUUUCACUCUGAAGAAGUGGCAGCUCCCCAAAACCGGGGAAGAAUCCUGUAAGGACCUGAAGUGUAUCCAUACAGAGAGGGUUCAUGAGAAAGAUAUUAACUGUGUUGUUAUGUCUCCAAAUGACAAAUUCAUAGCAACAGGGUCACAUGAUCGCACCGCAAAGCUUUGGAAUGCUGAAACUUUUGCUCUAGUUGGAGUGAUGAGAGGCCACAAGAGGGGAGUCUGGUGUGUUCAGUUCUCACCUGUUGACCAGUGUAUAGCAACCUCAUCAGGAGACGGAACAAUCAAAAUUUGGUCAAUACAAGGCUUAGAAUGUGUCAAGACUUUUGAGGGACAUGACAGUGCUGUACUGAGAGUAACUUUUAUCAACAGGGGCAUGCAACUCCUAUCCUGUGGCUCAGAUGGCCUGAUGAAGCUUUGGGUGAUAAAAUCCAACACUUGUGUAUCUACAAUGGAUGAACACGAGGACAAGGUUUGGUCGGUCACAGUCAAUAAGGAGGAGGAUCACAUUGUGACUGGAGGAGCGGACUCCAGCAUCAUUCUGUGGAAGGAUGUAACAGGAGAGGAGGUACAGAAGAAGCAAACUGAGAGAGAGGAUUUCAUUCUUAAAGAACAACAGCUGAGUAAUUUACUUCACAAGAAGAAAUAUCUGAGAGCCAUUGGUCUGGCCAUUACACUGGAGCAGCCAUUCAGAGUGUUGAACAUCAUCAAAGAAAUCCUGUACAAUCCUGAUGGGAAAACAGAACUGGAGAAAACUCUUCAAAAGCUCAGAGUUGAUCAGAUAGAUUCAGUGCUGCGUUUUGCUGGAGAAUGGAAUACCAACAGCAGACAUUGCCAUGAGGCUCAGUUUGUCCUCAACACGGUCCUCAAGACAUACCCUCCAGAGGAGAUCCUCAAAUUCCCCAACAUCAAGUCCACCAUGGAGGCAUUUAUUCCCUACACAGAGCGGCAUUUCCAGAGGAUGAAUCGCCUGUUACAACAAGCCAUGUUUUUGGAGUUCACUUGGAGUUGUAUGAGGAGGGUCACAGAUAAUACACAGUCAGUUGACAAUAAGGAAGGAUUCAGAUCAGUGGAGGGAUUACCAGAAAAUGAAUCGGAUAUGGAGAUCAGAAAUCAUUCUUCUGGAGGUGAAUCAGACAGUGACGAUUCCAUGGAUACAGAAGACAAUGAUGAAAAAGACCGUGAAACAGAAGAAAGUGCUAAUGAAGACAAUGAUAGUGUUCAUGGGAGUGAGUCAGACGAUGGGUCUAAAUCCACUGAAAGCUCUGCUAGUGAUGGAGAGCAAGCAGAGUCGGACAUUGAGAAUAUUAAACCUGCUGCCCUGUCAGGAGGGGAGCGGUUGACUGGUUCUCAUCGGGGCAGCACCAGUUCAUCACAGGACGAGGGUUCUGACUCAGAGUCCAGUGAGGGAGAGCCUCUGGUCUUCUCCAGUCAAAACACAAAGAGUUUGGAAAAUUUAAAGGGCAGUGAGAAAGUGAUGUCCAGCAAGAAAAAAUCUCAACAAAAAAGUAAUGUACAGAAUACCCCAAUUAAUAAACAGACAACAGAGGUAAAAAGCAGAAAAAGGGCACAGACAGAAUCUGAUCCUGAGGAGCUGGAGACUGGCGAGAAAAGUGCAAGAGGACUGAGAUCCAGCCAGACAGAGGCUGAAACAAACAGUGCAAAAAGGUUAAAGCAACCCCUAACUAGGUCAAUGUUAAAGAAACAGAAAGGGAGAUAACUCGUAUCAUCAGUGGUUUUUAUUUGAGAACACCUCUAUCAAUGUUAAACACAAAGGUCCUUUUAAUAUAUUUAAAAGAUUUGAAAUUUUAAACAAUUAGUUUUAUAUGUCCUGCAGUGUGUAUGAUAUACAUGCACAUGAAUUUAUGUUGAAUAAUAAACAAUUUUUGUCUUCAUGUAACGGAAGGAAAUUGAUUAUGGGAAUUUAAUACAUUGCGGUUGCUAAGUGUACCUGUAUACCGGUAUUUCCUUCUAUCAAGCUUGAAAUGAACUGUUGAGUUGUUGUAUGUAAACAAUACAUAAAAUGAAUUUUAAACAGUU